UCAGUAUUUUUGAGCCCGUUACAUCGGUGAUGAUUUUCCUAUUUCGUCAUUUUGUUGAGGUAUAAAACCUGGACUAGUGAUCAACAUAUUUGAUAUCACUGACGCGAGAACGUACAGCAGUGGUCGUGUGCCUUUAAAUUAGAAGUAUAUACUGUUGUUGUUCUGGUAUAGUGAGAUUUCAGCCCUUUAGAUUCCUUACUUGGGUGUAUUAGUGGAGAGUGUCACUCAUCGAUCUCUACACUCAUAGUAGGGCGUGUGUUGUUGACGGGAAAUUACACCAAUAAAUUGAACACGUAUCUUGCUGCUACCGCCAAAUGUUCACGAUCCCAUCUCUGGGUGCUCCAACGUAUUGGUACCACAGGGAUUAAACCCGAGAGAGCGCCUAUAGUCAGGGAGAUCCAUCGAUAGUCAACACAAGAAAACCCGAGAGAGCGCCUUGUCAGGGAGAUCCAUCGAUAGACAACACAAGAUACUCAACAAUCACAACCAGUGUAGGAAGCGUGUGUGACAACGACACCUCGAAAUGUUGUAACACGGAUUUACCAGCCCAGGGAUAUUUAAAUCAAAAUUAGCAACGUGUGUGUAUUUGUUCUGCUAGAGGAAGCAAGGCAGAAGAAUUGACAUUAUAUCGUAGGAAACGAGCACGUGUGUUAAUAUACCCCUAGCUACUACAGACACAGCUCAACGUAUGGUGUCAGUGACAUGAUUUAUAUUGGAGAGAACAUAUACGGUACAUAUAUUGUAUAUUUAUAUCCCUAAUGCGGGGAUACGGCUGCACUUGUUCCAGGAAACAAACGGAUAAGGGCCCAGCAUUCAGUGUUGAGCCUCGCUUUCCGAAUCGUGACUCGAGUCCUGCAGCUGUCGUAGCUCUGUGAUAGGACCACGGGCACCACCGGCGUCUUUUCUUCCUCUUUAGCGAAACGGAAAAGUCAACUUGACAUGUCGCGCUACACAUACAUAUAUGUUCUCGGUAUGUGUGUCACUUUUAAUGUUUAUCUACACAGCCCGGAAGAUUUGAACAUUUAAAAAAACGUAAUGAUAUUGAAUUUCAGUAAGCCGAUUCGAUGAAUAAUACUGAAGCGGAUAUUUUUGGAAGAGGAAACACUGGCUAUACCAGCUGUGUACAUCAAUUGACGUUUUACCGUUACAGAGUAUGGUGAAGCGUUAUCCGGUUAUGGUGAUUUUCUGGUGAAUGUUCGUAGUGGAUUUAUUUAAGCUGUAUAGAUAACUAAAAAAAUAGGUAUAGCAUGGGUGCCGGAGCCUCUAAAAGCACCACUCGCCGUAAGGUUCAGGCUUUAGCUGCUUUCGACGAAGCAGGGAGAAGACAUAGAGAGAAAAAGGGCCACGGGGGUUCGAAAAAGGGUUUGAGGAAGCGCUUGUCCCGGGUUGACGAGGUAACGGAGGAUGAGCCCUCUAUGGAGAGGACGUCAUCCAUCUCGUCCAACUGGGUACGACUAAGAGAGAGGAGUUUACCCAGCAUUGACCUUCAACCGAAGACUACUCUCAAACUUAGCGACUUCAACAAAGUUGUGAGGCAGAAAACACUCGACCCAGACGACGAGAAACCCAUGGACAUACCGUAUGGAAUGAAAGAAAAGGUUCAACCAGAAGAGUUGUGCCAUAUAUGUAGUGUAUAUACUGGCAGAGAGACGUACCCCUGUAGGAUAUGUUGUAAGGUUUAUCACGAAGGCUGUCUCCACAAACUCGGGUAUUGUAAGGAUCCGGCGUCCUGUCUUCUCCUCAAAAGGGCCUUGAAACCGAAGGGCUGGAGCUGCCACGAAUGUGACGACUGCAGUAACAUGCUAACAGAAGAGGAACUAUUUGCUCUAUUGGACUCAUUUGAAAAGUAUGAUUUAACUCAAGAUUCCAGUAUAUCAUUAGAGGACUAUUUAACGUAUCGUAAGCGUGCAUACAAAGACACACACGGUGUUACCCUACCGAAAGCCGAGCUCCAAGACGAGAUGGCUCAGUUUCAUCGACUGGAUAAAGAAAAUUCGGGAUCAGUCACGUGGUGGGAAUUUCUUAAUUACGAGUCAAUAAAGAUUCUCCUGAGACGCGGAAAGAAUGCAAUCACACGACUUCUAUUUCCGAGGGAGAUAGAACUUGCUUAUCGUCUGUUUCACAACUUCGAUGAAGCGAACACUGGCGAAAUCAGGGAGUACGACGCAAAGAAAGCGUUGGCAUCCUGGUAUACGUUGUUUCUGGAGAACGAUGACACGUUGAACGGAUUCACAAUAAUGUCGUCAAACAAGGAAGGCGAGUUGUGGUACAUCGUUACCGAGAUGCUGACGUUCACUAUGGACACAAGUGUGGAGAGUACCAGAAAGGUAAACUGGAAUGAAUUUCUACGCGAGUUAUCAAUAUACAUAAUAGCAGCCAGGCCUAAUUUGUCACCUGUUCCCAUGGAGAGUUCCGAGUGGACCAAGGAUGUGGUGGUUUCCACGGAAACAGACUGUGAUAUCAAACGGACGUCUCUUUAACCUAUUCGGUACAUGUUGUC